AUAACAAACAUGGCGGACUCCUGAAUGUUAACAAAGUUUUUCUUUCUCCUCAUCUUUUUUAUGUAAUUUAUUUACUUGAGAGAGAAAUUUUGUGGAUGUAGGACAGACCAAAGCUUUGGGAUGUUCGGGGGUGGCAAAAAUCGCUUGUUACCACCGAUAAAAAACCCACUUUUCAACCCAAAUGAUGGCGCAGAGGAAGUGCGAAUAGCUACUGUGAAAAAUUCGCCUGAAAAAAGAAAAGGAGGAAGAUUUAGCAAAAUUUUCAGUUCAAAAAAUCGCAAUUCCUCAGCGAACAGCUAUGGCGUAAAAGAAGUAGAAGAUAAGGCCGGCUGUAGUGGGUCUAGCCGUCCAUCUACAAGUGAUGCUAGUUUAACCAAUCAGGCAGAAAACAACAAGGAGCUACCAAAACUUAAAGUAGAUAAUAAUCAAGAAAACAAGUCUGGUGGGGGAAAAGGUCGAUCAUUACUAAGUUCUCGGACAAAAUUCUCCAGAAAUUUAAACUCUAACGAUGCCAAUAAUGGAGAGAGUUCUUUUGUUGAAGCCCCGAUCUCUAACACUGAAAAAACAUCAAUUAACAACAGUGAUUCUAAGACAUCUGGGCUUUUAAAAAGGGGCAAAGAAAAGCCACCCUCUCUUGGUAAUACCAGCGAAGGGGAAAGCAGUCGUUUACAAGUGGAAAAGGGCUUUCAGAAUCGACCUUUCUCUAACCCUUCAACGGCAGCAGAAAAUAUGGAACUUGCUGCUUUAAAUAUACCUUCAAAACAAGAAGAAAAGAAAACUAAAACUAUAAAAUAUCAGGAUGCCCUUUCUUUAAGAAACGAUUGGCGUCUUGCUAAAGCAUCUGGAGACUACAAGUCUAUACAAACUUUCCUGACUUCAACAUUUGAUUCAUUUGCUGAUAUUAAUGCUGUUUUUAAGAAAAAAGAGGAUUGCUUGGGUCAUGAGGAUCAGAAUGGAAGUUGUCUGGAUUAUGACUUUGUCAGGAUAACAUAUGACAUUGUCCUUACUCUGCCUCAAGAAGUCCAAAAAACAGUUCUCAAAUCCAUCAUAAAUGGUCUUCUACAAGACAUGAAAAGGCAAAGAACUGCUGAUGACCUGCGAGCUUAUACAGUACUCUUACAGAAUGCUCAGUUUAAUAAAUCAACAACUUAUGUCAUCUUUGCUCACUUACUGCGGCAAGUGUCAGCUCUGUCUGACAGUGAACAUCAAAGUCUAGUCAUGUGGUUUAGAAAAAUCCCUGUAAACACUUACAAAAGCAUUGUUACAAGGAUUGAACAGUUUAUGAGCCUGCGAUUGUUUCCAACUAAAUCCACUGAUCUACCACCUGAAGAGAAGUGCACAUGGUGGGUGCCAUCUGCCGUCAAAGUCCUUGCUCUACUAAAUGCUGCCAAUUGGCUUCAGUURCCACCUCUCAUCAGCCAUACCUACUUUUAUAAUCAUUCCUUGGACCACAUUGACUUGAUGGGAGAGUAUUACUCCUGGCAAAACCCAGGGGCAAACUUAGGGAAGUUCUCUUUCUGUCAGUACCCAUUCAUUCUCAGCCUAGCAGCAAAGCGCUACAUUAUGCAGAAAGAUUCUGAAUCACAAAUGAUAGUCAUGGCAAGGAAAAGUUUGAUGGAAAAAGUUCAGCGCAGAGAAAUGCCAGACAUGGGGAUGUUGUUCCUUAACAUUAAAGUCAGAAGAUCCAACCUGAUUUCAGAUUCCCUCAAUGAGAUUGCUCGUAAACAGAAGGAUCUUAAGAAGAAACUUAAGGUGACGUUUGCAGGUGAACCAGGUCUUGACAUGGGUGGUCUAACCAAGGAAUGGUUCUUGUUACUCAUAAGAAAGAUCUUCAAGCCAGAAUAUGGAAUGUUCACGUAUCAUGAGAAGUCACGUCUGUACUGGUUCAAUAAUGAGUGUAAAGACCAAGAUGAGGAGUUCAACCUUGUAGGAGUUCUAAUGGGACUAGCUGUGUACAACAGUAUCAUUUUAGACAUUCGUUUCCCAUCUUGUGUGUAUAAGAAGCUUCUCAGCCCAGCCGUCGUACCUUACCAAAACCCUAAAGCUACUGUAGGGGUUGCUAAGCUUGAAUUGGAUGAUCUUGCUGAGGUGAUGCCGGACUUGUCACGUGGACUGAAGGAACUUCUAAGUUACGAAGGCGAUGUGGAGAAUGAUUUAUGUCAAACCUUCCAGAUCUCCUACACGUCUUAUGGACAAGUCAUCACCCAAAACCUUAAACCAAAUGGUGAUCAAAUACCAGUAACAAGUGAAAAUAGACACGAGUAUGUCAGUCUAUACGUGGAUUAUCUUCUAAACAAGUCYAUGUAUCAACAGUUCGCCGCAUUCUAUCACGGAUUCCAUAGUGUAUGCGCAUCUAAUGCCCUCAUUAUGCUUCGCCCAGAGGAGGUGGAGAUGCUUGUAUGUGGUAACCCAGAGCUGGACAUGGAGGCACUCAAGAAGGUCACAGUAUAUGAUGGUUACAACAAGACUGACCCCACUAUAAGGUACUUCUGGGAAAUUGUUUUGGGAUUCCCAACCGACUUGAAAAAGAAAACCCUUCUGUUCGUGACGGGAAGUGAUCGCAUUCCCAUCGGAGGAUUGGCUGAAAUGGAGUUUAAGAUAUGCAAGAUGGACACCGCAGACAGCACCAAGAUGCUUCCCAUGGCACACACGUGCUUCAACCAGCUGUGUCUUCCACCAUACAAGACUAGGAAACAAAUCAAACAGAAGCUGACUAUCGCGAUAUCCAACGCUGAAGGGUUUGGCAUCGAGUAACAGCCAGCAAGAUGGUCCUAUAGUCUUAGAUUAGCGGAUGUUCUUUGUAUUUUACGUCACGGGACAGGAUCGAGUUGUAGCCGAGUCUCUCUUCCCAUUAGCUUUGCUCUGGCAAAUAAUGAAUCUCGACGGUUUUCCCAUACGACACAAUGACCACUACUUCCUGUUUUGCGUAGGGUACCCCUUCACACACACGACCUGUUAAGAUAAUGCAUCUACUGAUAUAUGCAUGGAUAAAGUAGUUUUAAAUAUCGAUAACUAGGAAUUAGGGGAGUUCUUUAAGCAGAAUGACCGCGACGUAUUCAGGAUUCCAAAAUGAAGACAGUUAUGCACUCGAUAACACGCAGUGGACACCUAAAUUGGGUUCCACGUUGACGUUAAAGCACUGUUCAGAAAUGUACGCCCUCCUACAUUGGGUAGAUUUUCCUUUCUUAUUCUCUUAGCUAGUUCAAUAGCUAGCAUGUCUUUGCAUGUUAAUCAAACAUGGAACACGUCUACCAACAGUCCAGCCAGAAAAGGGCGUGUCUUUCGCAGUGCGCGGGCAUCCAAAAUUGUGAAGUUUUUGCAAUAAAAUAUUUGGUUACGAAUAAAAUGAUUAAGCACCGCGGGUUGUGAGUUCUAUUUUCUCACAAGAAGGGAAGGGGGGAAUAGAAUAUUCAUAUUCUUCCUUCUGAAGGCAAACAACAGCAGCAGUAAUAAGAUUAGCAGCGGCAAUAACAGUAGCAGCAGUAACAAGAUUAGCAGCAGCAGCAACAGCAGUAGUAACAAUAAUACUAGCAGCUGGAGGUAGAAAAUACUUUAGUAGCAUAACAGUAGAAAUAUUCCUUUGUUUUGUGCAACGGUGUAACAACACGAAACAAUCAAAUACAAAACAGCAUAAAAAUUC